GAGAGGCGUGCUGGACAGCAGCAUCCUGUACCCCACCCGCUUCCCCUCUCCUCCCCGGCCCACCCGGCCCCCGGUGCCCGCCAAACGUCCCGCCCUGGACGGGCAAAAAAAGGACAGGAAGGACGGUAAAGACUCCGCCUCCCGGCAGCCCUGCCCUCACGCUCCCCGCCCAGCCUCCCCYCCCGCGAAGCGCCCCGCAGCGGAGGUCAGGAAGGAGAGGAAAGRUCCAGCAGACCCAAACGCCCCCAUCGCUCCUCUUCCUCUCCACCUUCAUCCUCCCCCUCUGAGAAAAGAGCCUCCUGACCCCGACGCUCCUCUUCCUCCGCUCCCUUUUCAUCUGCACCCUCCUCCUGCUCCUCCUCUCGCAAAACGUCCCUCUGUGGAUGGGAAAAAAGACAAAGACAGCAGCAGGAAGUCGAUCACAGAAUCCAAGCCUCCUUCACAGAAAAAAACUGCCGACUGUGACAAAAAGACAGGAAAGACUCAGUGGAUGGCAAAGUGUGUAAAAAAACACUCAGAUGAAGCUAAGAGAGAAAGGAAAGAUUCCUCUGACUCUAAAUCACCUCCUCCCAAAAAACCAACACCAGAAGUUAAAAAAGACAAACCCAGGAAGGAUUCCUGUGACUCAAAGCCAGGCCAGCCUGUGAGAAGCCUUUCCACUGACUCCAGACCUGAAAGACGUGAAUCCACYGAUUCAAAGAAAAGCAGCUCACCACCAGCAAAGAAGCUAACAGGGGAAAGGAGAGAAUCUUAUGGCUCUAAACCUCCUCCACCUGCUCAUCCACUGAGGAAAGCCUCUACGGACAGCAUUGAAAGAAAGAGCAAAACCGAAGCCCCCAGAACUCCCACCACCCCGACAAGCCCGAUGUCACCCAGCUUCAGUUCUCCUGGAGGUCCUCUGCCCCCCCACCUGGCUACUGGAGACUCGGUCCGGGACAAGUGCAUUGAGAUGCUGGCGGCUGCUCUGCGCACAGACAAUGACUUCAGAGAUUUUGGAGUGAGCUGCGACAGCAUGGCGGCAGAGAUCGAAGAUCAUAUCUACCAGGAGAUAAAAGCCACCGACAUGAAAUACAAGAACAGAGUGAGGAGCCGCAUCAGCAACCUGAAGGACCCCAAGAACCCGGGACUGCGCAGGAACGUGCUGGCGGGCAGCAUCGAGCUGAGCCGCAUCGCCUCCAUGUCUGCUGAGGAAAUGGCCAGCGAUGAGCUGAAACAGCUGAGGAACGUUCUCACGCAGGAGGCCAUCCGGGAACACCAGAUGGCCAAAACUGGUGGGACCACCACAGACCUGCUGCAGUGCGGCAAGUGCAAGAAGAAGAACUGCACCUACAACCAGGUGCAGACACGUAGCGCAGACGAGCCGAUGACCACAUUUGUUCUGUGUAACGAGUGUGGAAACAGGUGGAAGUUCUGCUGAGGCCUUCAAGGUGAAGACACGUCCUUUUUCUUUUUCUGAGCCUGCUUCUUUUCUAUAAUCAGGAUGAAACGAGUGUUUGAAUUGUUGCAGCUGCUGGUUUAAACAGAAAACGAUGCUCUUACAGUUUUUACUUGAACUAUUUCGAUCAACGAGCGCGCGUUAAUAAUCAAUCGACAGAUAAAAACCAGCUGUGAUCCAGAGAUGGGAAUUAAUAGCUUUAAUGCCAAAUGAUCAUUUUGUAAAUACCUUUGAAUAAAACUGCUUUUAUCAAACAUA